AUGGCACAAGCAAGCACGGCAAGCGUCCCUCGGUGGGCGGCCCUGGCGCGCGACACCAACGAGACGUCGAUCCAGCUGGCCCUGAACCUCGACGGCGGCGCCUUUCCGCCCGACACGGACCAGCGCCUGCUGGAUCUUGUGGCGGGCAAGGACGGCCAGAAGGGCGGCCAUGCGGUGCAGGCGAGCAGGUCGCAGACCAUCAGCAUACACACGGGCAUCGGCUUCCUGGACCACAUGCUGCACGCGCUGUCGAAGCACGCCGGCUGGAGUCUCGUCAUUGCCUGCAAGGGCGAUCUGCACAUCGACGAUCAUCACAGCGCCGAGGACGUGUGUCUGGCGCUCGGCUAUGCCUUCCACCAGGCGCUGGGCACGGCCACCGGCAUUGCCCGCUUCGGGUCGGCCUAUGCGCCGCUGGACGAGGCGCUGUCCCGUGCCGUGGUCGACAUCUCGAACCGGCCGUACGCCGUGAUCGAGCUGGGCCUGAAGCGCGAGAAGAUUGGCGACCUCAGCUGUGAGAUGAUCCCACACUGCAUGGAAAGCUUUGCGCAGGCCGCGCGGAUCACGCUGCACGUCGACUGCCUCCGCGGCUUCAACGACCACCACCGGUCCGAGAGCGCGUUCAAGGCGCUGGCCGUGGCCAUGCGGCAGGCCACCAGCAAGGUGGCCGGCAAGGAGGGCGAGGUGCCCAGCACAAAGGGGACGCUGAUACUCCGUACCGUGCAAAGUACUGCUGAAAUAUGCGCCUGCUGCAAGCUGCAGAUACAGUGGAGCCUCAAGCGGAAGCCCCGCUCAAAAGUCCAUCCAGCCACACAGCUUCAGCAACUCAGUACGACUGCCAACAUCACGCGACCCGGCGCAGACGAGCAUCUCGGCAUCCAGACUUCCUGCCGCACUCGACUUCUUCAUCGCCGUGACCGCCGGACUGCUCUCAUCUCCGGCGCCCCAUCCACCAUGCGCACCCAUGAUACCGUGCGCGACGAGGAGGCCGCUGAGGCCGCCUGGGAAGCCAUGCACGGCGCCGGCUACGGCAUGGUCAAGUACGGCGCCGCCAUGGGCGUCCUGGCCGGUUUCGGGCACGCGCUGUCGCCCAUCUACCGGGGGCUGACGAUCCAGUUCAAGGUAUACCUCCAAAUGUCCGGCAUGGUCCUGGGUGCUAUGCUCGAGGCCGAACAUCGCAUGAGGCUGUUCGAAGCUCGCAUGCGGCUUCAGCGACGGAUGCAGCGCCAGCAGGCCCGGUUGCGGGCUCUCGAGGAGGAGCUGGAUGACGACUGA